AGAGAUGGAAGGGGCAGAGGGGAAAGAGAUGGAGGGGGCAGAGGACAAGGAGAUGGACGGGGCAGAGAGCAAGGAGAUGGAACCCGAGGUAGAGAAGAAAACCAUUAAAGUAGAGCCUACCGAGCCCGAGCCCGGUGAGAUCCAGUCCAGUGACAAUGACCCCGACAAUGACCCCGACCCCGGAGAGGGACCCUCCUCCCUGAUCAGGGACCCCAAGGCAGGACUGUGUGAACCUAAACCGGGACCAAGCCACAAGAUCAUCGACGACGACGAUGACAGUGAUGAUGAGGAUGAGGAUGAAGAUGAGGAUGAGGAUGAAGAUGAGGAUGAUGCCAAUUUGCCCCUGGUGGUCUGGGAACAGCCCCUCAAAGUGGGCAAGGAAGAGCCUAUGGACUAUGAUGAUGACUGCAUGCCUGGACCCAGCCGAGCCAAGCCCAUGCACAACUGGGAUUCAGACAGUGACUCGGAUUCUGAAAGCUCGAUCACCUCCUGUAGAAUUCGAGAACUUUGUGGCCCAGAUGAUGAUGAAGAAGAUGAUCAGGCUCGGGCCCCGAAACAGAGGAGCAUCUUCUGCUUCAAAAAGACAGAUAUACCUUCCGCUGAUGCACCUGCUACAGCAGAUGAUAUGACUCUCAUUCUGCCUGAAAGUAUUGAACUACAGCCCUUUGGGAGGGUUUCAGGUAUUAUCGAAAAGCUAGGAAAAGUGAUCAUUGAAUCUGUGACUGACCUCCCACCAGUUUGUGAAGAUAGCAUGAUCUUCAAGAGCAACCGACAUGCUGCUGGAAAGAUUUUUGAAAUCUUUGGGCCGGUUGCACAUCCCUUCUAUGUCCUGCGGUUCAGUUGCUUGGAACACAUCAAGAGGAAGGAUAUAAAAAUCCGGGACAUCAUGUAUUUUGCCCCUUCCAUCCAGCACUUCACUCGCUACAUCUUCACAGACAGGAUUAGGGAUCGGGGCUCUGAUGCUUCUUGGAAGAAUGACCUAGAGCCACCUCCAGAAGCUGUUGAUUUCAGUGAUGAUGAGAAAGAGAAGGCAGCUAAGAGCAAGAAGAAGUACUACGGUCGAAAUCGGAAGAAGCAGAGGGCAGAGUCCAGGUCAAAAAGCAGAUCUGGCUACAGUCAAGAUGGCAGGAAGGGUUACAGGCCAGAAUCCAGGCAGCUUGCCCUCCAGGAGACUAGCCAGGAGACUAGCCAGGAGACUAGCCAGGAGACUAGCCAGGAGGAGAAGCAGGAGGAGAAGCGGGAGGAGAAGCGGGAGGAGAAGCAGGAGAACAAGCAGGAGAAGCAGGAGGGCAAACAGGACAAUAGGCAGGCUUCUCGCCAGGGUGCCCGGCAGGAGAAUAGGCAGGCCACCCGCCAGGACAAGGGUGCCCGGGAGAAAACAGUGACCCAGCAGGACAGGCAGGGCGGGCACAGAGAUCAGAGAAAGGGCGGCCGCCAGGAUCAGAGGAAGUCUCACAGGCAUGAGCACAGGCACUCCCACCGCCAGGACCGCAGGCAGGACCGCAGGCAGCAGGUCCAGCAUGAGCACAGGCAGCUGCUCCAGCAGGGUUUCCGGCAGGAAUAUUGUCAGGAGUUUGGCCAGGAGUUUGGCCAGGAGUUUGGGGGUCAGGAGUACGGGCAGCUGGAGUACGGGCAGCUAGAGUAUGGGCAGCAGGAGUUUGCUCAGGAGUACCAGGAGUACCAGGAGUACCACCAGGAGUACCACCAGGAGUACCACGCUGCUGCCGCCGCUGCUGCCGCCGCUGAGUACCACCCAGAGUACAGACCUGCAGCUGAAUUCCAUCAGGAGUACCAGCCUGACUAUCAGAAUCUUGGUGCUUAUGGAGGAGAAGCACCUAUCCCUGCUCACUGGUGCCCCCAGCCUCGCCAGGCUGGAAGGAGCUGCCACAACAAGCGGGAGUACCACCGAGAAUUCUCCCGUGGCAGACACCACAAGUCCAGCCACUCCAGGUCCCACGCGGCCGGGCAGUUUUACAACGCCGAGCACAGGUUGGCCCAGGAUGCCCCUCCCUCCCUGUUUGCGCCUCAGCAUAGGCAAGAUAAUGCUCUGAUGCAGCAUUCCUAUCAGCUGGCUCCUCAGUACUUUGAUAUGCCCCAUUACCAGGCUCACCCCUCUCAGCAUGUGGCUUGGUCUGGGCUGUCCCAGCAUGUGCACAAUGCACACUACCAGCACUUCCAGGGCCAUCAUGCCCGGGGUGGUGGACAUUGCUCCCAGUACAGACCCUAUUACUAGACAGGUCAUGUUUCAUGAGCUCACUACAGAAACAAAUGACAGAGCUCCUAAAAAACAUGAUUCCUCAGUCUAGUUACUAAAGAAAGCGAACUUGAUAAAAAUUAAAACACUUACUGUAAAAUAAUUCAGUAUUCAAGUGUUCAAGUGGUAAAUAUUUGUGAACUUUAGUGAAAUAGUGACGUACUCUCCUAACAAAAAAAUUAGAUCUUAGAUCGAAAAGAAAACUGAAAAAUACAAAACAAAACAAACCCUCUAACAAACUAACCCUCCAAAUUAUGUUAUCACUUAACUAACAGUGAUUAUAAUCCAAAAGAAUUUUCUUUUCUUUUUUCCUCCACAGUAGCAGAUAUAGAUCACCUUUCAUUAGGGAUUAAAACAUGUUGAAACAUUGAUUGACUUAGAGUGUUUGUGUUAAAUCCAGCAAGAUAAGAUUUUGAAGUCCCACUGAGGACAUAUGGGGAAGAAAAUAAAGUAGUUGUUUUUUUAAAAAACUAAAUGUACUUGUUUGGAAAUGACUUUUGUAGGUGCAUCAAAACAUUUUCAAAAAUCUUGAACAACAUUGAUUUUUAAAAUUUAGCAAAUGGAGAUGACAAGAAAAAACAUGCAUUCUUUGGCAAUUAAAGAUUGAUGGGAGGGUAUAGAAAUCAUUAUUGUGACUCUGAGCAAAUACAAGGCUAAAGUUGACAUGUAGGAAUAUUUAAAAGAAGGAUGUUGCAAAUUUCCUUGAUUUAGGUUAAGUAAAGGGAGAUUCUCUUCCCUCUUCACUAAAUUGACCAUUUAAAAAAAAAAUCUUCAAAAAAUGAAACGGUGUAAUAUCCAUUCCCCAGUGAAAAUCAUUAUAAAAUUUACUUAUUUGGCUAUCUUCCAUUCAUUAAGCAUCCUAAUGAUAAAUAUUAUUUUACAGCAUGUGUGAGAUCUAAAGUAGGAGGCUUUGACACUAGUCAAAAACUCUCUGGGAUUCGGGUUCCUUCAACUGAAAAUGCCAGUCAGACUUAAGAGGUAAUUGAUAAGGUCCCUUGAGAACUGUGAGGGCCCUCAGAGGCUGUCUAGGUCAAUGCUCUCAUUUAAUCAAUGUAAAAACUGUGGCUCAAGAGGGUUAAGUGCUUUGCUCAAGGUCACACAAGCAGUACAAUCUCUAUGCAGACAAAUUAACAAACAAAAAUUAUAAUUGGCAACAAAAGCAAUUCAAACAGCACUAUCUCUGUGACUUUGGGCAAGUCAGUUAACUUCCCUGGGUCUCAUUGGUGAAUUGAGAUUGAACUAGGUAGUGUAGGUUUGAGAUCUGGGAAAGAGCCUCAUGAAUUAUCUAUCUAGUCUAGUCCUCUCAUUUUAGAGUUGAGGAAUCUGUAACCCAGAGAGGCUGUGACUUAUGUUUAUUUGAAAAUUCAUUGCAUUGGUAAUUGUAGUCCUAAAUUCUAUCCAAAAAUUUGAUUUUGUCCAAAAAAACCCUUUAGUUUCUCCCCUCCCCCCAAUUAAAAGAAAGUGAUAAUGGAUCUUCCUCUACCAAGUAAUUUAUGUUAGUCAAAUAAAAUCUGGCAAAUAUUUGCUUUUAAACAUGAGUUAUGGGUUCAUAGAUACUGAAAUUUUCUACUGAAGGUGUCUGAAUGUGGCCACAGUUUGAAUCCUUGCAGGGUAAAUGCACAGCAAAGGUAAGUUAGUUAAUUGAUAUUAUCUGUGCAGACAGCAAAGUAGUAGCCAAAUUGUGCUUUCAGGUGAAUGUUAUUUUUUCAUGCAUCAAACUACAAGACAAAUAUAUAUAUAUGUAUAUAUAUCUGUUAAUUGUUUAUAUACUUGAAUACCAAACCUUUAUCAGAGAAAUUUGAUGCAAGAUUUUUUACCAUUCAACUACUUCCCUCUUUAUCCUAGAUGUACAGUGCAUCUUCAUUUACAAGUAUAUAACAUUUCACUUGGCAUUCCUAAUAGCAUUUACUUCAAAACUAAAUGGAAAGUCUUGGCCUAUAGUACAGGUAAAAAGUGAUACACAAGAAAGAUGUGAAAGUUAAGAGAAAAACUGUGUAAGAUAUAUUCAUUUAUAUUCUACUAAUUAAGAAGGGACCUUCUUAGUCCUACCAGGUCCUAUCUUUAAAAGAAAACUUGAUGAGGUGAGAUUAUCCUGAGGCAAAUCAAAUUAUUGGUUGGAUCUUUAUGAAAUUUACUAUGCUUUAUUGGAUCCAACAUUUAAUUGAUCAAAUUUUUUAAAGACCUGAUAAUUAGAGUUCAAGGUCUCUAUGGAACUAAAUUGGACAUCUUCAGAAAAUCUGACAAUUCACAAGUAAUGCAUUCUAGACAUCUCCUUCCUUGAGAAAUUCAUAAAUAUUAUAUACUGAUUAUAAAAUCAUUUUUUUCCCUUUUAGAUUCUUUCAUAUUCACUGCAUCAUCAUUUUUUCUUUAUUUUUUCGGGCAUGCCAUGGGAAAGAGUAUAUCCUUAAGGUGGUACUACAGCGUGCUAAAUGCUUAAUGUCAUCAGAGCAUUGUGAGAGGCGAGGCAAGUCAUCUUGUACCUCUCUAAGCCUCUAGUUUCCUCAUUCUUAAGAUGGGGAUACUAAUACCUGUAGUACUUACCUCACAGGGUUGUUGUGAGGGUCCAAAGAUUAAAUCAGUGCAAUUGACAUCUUACCAUCCUAAAAGUGCUACAGAAUGGCUAAUUAACUAAAGUCUAUAUUAAAUACUCUUCACGCUGCAGUGGGAAGAUGGUUAAAUGGCAUGCCAUGCAUAAAUAUUUGUUAUCAUGAAUCUCUAAGUUGCAAGGGGGUCCUAUAUGUCUCUCUUGAUCCCUAAACUGAAUUCAGCUAAAAUUUAAUAUCUUUAGUAAUUGCCAAUUCUAAUUUAAAUCAAAUGCAUACCAACACAUUAGUCUCCCAGUUCAGUUCACAUUAAUGUUUUUUGAAAGAUACCAUGUAUGAUUAAUUUCCACUAUAUAAAGUUGAAAGAGCUUUAAAAUCACAACAAAACAAAAUCGAGACUUACAGUGAUUUCCUCAAUACUCUCCCUCAUCAGGUAGACCAUAAGUGUAAUGCAAAAUAAACAGGCAUCUACAUGAUUGAAAUCAUAUCAACAUACUACUACAGUUUAAUCCAACUAAAUGUAUUUCAUUACCUGUGCCAGUUUAUUUAAUACCUAGAAUGGAAAGUCAGUUGAACUUCUUAGCAACUAUACUCUUGCAUGCUAUAGAAUUAGGGGCAUCUUGGUUUAUGUGUUGAGUGCCAUAGCUGCCAACUUUUGACUGUUUCUUUAUGAGAUUGAGUGGAUGCUGGGUCAGAAAUAUCUAUACUGGAAAUACAAUAUUUUAUCUGGUUCAAACAAACAAACAAACAAAACCUAUCAAAAUUAAUCUAAUCAGGCAGGCCCCUUAUUUCUGAAAGGGGGUUCUAAUUCCAAAUUCUAAGAUGAAUAAAAUGGCCUUAGAAAUGUUUACCACUAUGAAUAAAUAUUAGCAGAAUCAGGAUACUUAGGUGUGAUUGUUUAUAGUAUUAGGACAAAAUACUAAGUAUGGUGAUUAGCACGUACUAGAGAUGUAGAUGAGCAAAACAGAGGGAAAAGGAUAUAUAAAAUCAGAUUCGCAUUCUAUGAUCAAAUUUUCUUUUGAAGUAGAUAUUGCAUAUAGUGUGAUAUGUCUGAACUCAGAAGAAUAAAAACCAAGUUGUUUUGUUGCUUAUGUGGUAGCCUCUCUCAUAAGUGCAUUUUACUUCUUGUGGACAGAUGCCAAAACAAAUAGAGAGAUGAUCUUAGGAUCAUAGGUGACUCAGAUACUGAUGGAGAAAAACAAAUAACAAGCCCAAAGCAAAAAAUCUGCUUGUUAGCAUAGAACCCCAAUCCAAGAGUGACUGCUAGGUGAAGAUGAUCUCUAACAGGUUUGGGGAAAGAAAACUCUAAAGGGUUCUUAAUAGUCCGCUGGAGUGAAUGUGCUUUAUUCUACAUCCCACUGCUAUUGUAAAGGUAUAGCUGCCUGCACUGUUGAACAAUAUCCCUCCUAAGAGGUGGUUUGACAUUGUUGGGUUCAGUUAUACAGAUUGUGAUGAAUGUUGCUACCCAUCAAAAGCUAAGUAAUUUUAAUUUAACGUAUAAUUUUCUUUUUGGCCAGCUGUAAAUACCAGACAUUACAAUAUUAAGUAUGUUGUAAGCUAUAUGUAAUCAAAUGAAUUUUAAUACUAUUUAAAAGUUAAAGACAAUAGCUAGGCAUUAAUUUGAUCAAUACUAUCAAGUUUUGUAUGUUUGUAAAUAUAUUGAAUCAGAAAAAUGCAUAAUACCACAAUCCCAGGUACAGUCAUUUUUUUUCAUAGAUGGCAGCUACUCAGCCAUGUUCAGUUAGUGUUAGUUACAUCCACUUGGUUACAAACUUCUAGUGACUGUCUGUGAUUUCUCAGGUGGUCAGGAAAACUUUGUGAAAGUACAGAGAUGCCUCUAGUUCAGAUGAAACAUCAGUUGGCUGCUGAGGAAUAGAGCUCAGUUGAAUGCUUGGACCCAUUAUCUUUUAGUUAGAACAAACUUUCCAAAUUCUUAAUAUGCACCAGACUGUCAAUGCCAAAUAUAUAGCAAUGAAUCCGAUGCCUCACUACAGCAAUUUCUGAAAUAUUCUUUAAUAUUUAUCAACACAUUCGGUUUCUUAGAUCGUUUAGCUCGAAUGCAUCUUUUGUAUCUUAAUUUCAUUAGUUUGUUGAUUAUAAAAGAGGGCAACUUUAAUUCAAGAAGCAAUUCAAUGUCCCACUGAUGUAAUUAUUCUACAUUAGAAAAACACUUAGAGGUAUUUUCUUACUUUAUUGCCAAAGAUUGCAUAGAGAUCCAGAUCUCCAUGAACAGAACAAAUAAAAGCAUCUUAAAUUUUUUUAAAAAGUAUUCUAAAGUGAAAGCGUUAUCUGCAAAAUUGUUAUACACCUAAAGGAAAAAAAAAAUGUACAAAUAAGGAAAUCCAAAUCUGUUUAGUCUGUUGAUAAGAAAGCUUCUCUGAAUACUAAUAAAUUAUACUCUUAAGUAGAUGUCACAUGGACACAACUCCUCUCCUCUUGUUGUCUUUUAAAUUCCACUUUAUACAAAUAUAACAUACACAAAAAAUUAUUCUUAUGAACUUGAAAGACAUUUGCCCAUCAAAGAAAAUGUUCAAAUUUAUACCAAAACUCUUUACCUUGGAAAUAUUUUACAGUAAGUCUUUUUUCCUUAGAACCUACAUUUUAUCAAGGCCCAGCCCAAACCCACUUCUCUCAUUCUUUCAUCAAGCCUUUUGUAAUCAUUAAAAAAGACAAUGAUAUAAAUUCAUAACCCAUUCUUCAUACUGUUCAUCUCUUACUUAAUUGUAUGUUGCCUUACAGGGAUUUCUUCAUUGUACUGAGUCAUUAUUUAACCUUUUUAUGUAUGUAUGUAUCUUUUUUUCCCCAACUAGAUAUUAAACUUCUUGAGGGCCAGGACCAGACAUUGUACUUCUCUAUGUAACCCCACAAGACCUAGAUUGGUACUACGUACAUACUAACCCCUCCAUGAAAUUUAUUGGCUAAUUCUUGCAGAUUUAUGAUCUCAAAACUUAAAACGAUUGUGCAUUGGUACUGAGAGGUCAUACAUAGCCUCUGGAAGCAUCCAUAGAAGGUGGCUAUAUGCCAAGAGAUUAUGAGAGAGAAAUCAGUAUCUUCUCAGUGCUCCCUUUAGAUGGUUUUGCCCCUUAUAUCAACAUUAUCGUGCAACUAGGAUCCCAGAUACAGAUGGCUCACUUCAUUCUUUAAUGGAGUCCACUUGUCCUCUUGAAUUGGGAAAAGGAGGUGUGGGCUGGACUAGUUGGUUUUGUGAGGACUUUUCUGACAAGGAGAGUAUGAAGUGGAGGGAAGCAUGUAAAGGAAACAUGGCUAGUCUCUUGAAUAUGAAAGAAAACAGUUGAAUAUUAUUCUAAACUAUUUAUUUUAUGGAACCUACAGCAGUUGAUAUGAGACAGAGUGACUCGGGCCUCUGCUUCAUGUACUGCUAGUCCAAAUUAGAACACUAAAACAUAAGUAUUUUUGUAAUUUUCAAUAAUUAUGGGGUAUCUUUUCCCCCAAAGACUUCAGAUCAGUUUUCAGACAAUCCCAUUCUCAUAACCACCUGAGAUCAAUGGGAGGUGAGUUUUCUACAGUAAAUUUUCCUGAACAUCAUGUCUAAGAAUUUCCUUUGGAAUAUACUGAGUUGGAGGUCCUUGUAGAGGAGCAAAGAGUGAAGAUCCCUGAGUAAAGCAAAAGCUCUCUCAAGUCACCUAGCACCUCUCGGGGCCCCAGGGUCCUAUGAAAUUGGCAUAAUGUUUGUAUGUCACUCAAGUGUAAAUUGUGUUUCUGUAAAAGAAGGGUCUAUGGUCCCUUCCAGUGAUAAUAAUGUGUGUUUCUAUGAUAUAUAAUACUGUAAAAAUGCCAAAAAAAAAAAAAACUGUGUAAAUGUAAGUCGAGUAUGCCAAAAACCCCAACAAAACACCUAUAGUUUCAAAAUUUUCAACUUCUUUAAGCGCCAGUAGUUUUAAGUGAUACUUAGAUUGUCUUUCUAGAUUAUAAGUAGCAACCACAAAACCCCUGUAUACCUUUAAGCUCCAGUAGUUUUAAGCGAUACUUAGAUUGUCUUUCUAGAUUGUAAGUAGCAACCACAAAACCCCUAUAUACCUUUACCUUCAAUGUUCUCGACUUCUUUAAGCUCCAGUAGUUGUAAGCGAUACUUAGAUUGUCUUUCUAGAUUGUUAAGUAGCAACCACAAAACCCCUAUAUACCUUUAUCUUCAAUGUUUUCAACUUCUUUAAGCUCCAGUAGUUUUAAGGGAUACUUAGAUUCUUUCUAGAUUGUAAGUAGCAACCACAAAACCCCUAUAUACCUUUAUCUUCAAUGUUUUCAACUUCCUUAAGCUCCAGUAGUUUUAAGAGAUACUUAGAUUAUCUUUCUAGAUUGUCAGUAGCUAAUUAAUAUAUUCUUGGCGCUACAUAAAUCUUAAACUAAUACUAAUAUUGAUGUUAUUUCUCAUUUUAACUAUAGGAUAAGUAACUGUAGAGUAAACCUUAGAGUAAAAACUCUAUAACACUCUACAGUUUAAAUCCAAUUGGGGCUAAGGGCUAUCUCGAGAUUGGUGCUUGUGAAUUUGUGCCGUAAAAGACUUAGUUAUUCAACUAAGAUCUCGUCCCCGUAAAUCUGUUGUGGCGUGCCGUAACCAAAUUAUAUUAUGCAUGUAUAUGUUGAUAAAUGUUUAUCGAUGUUUAAAUGUUCAAUAAAUGUUCGCAAAA